AUGUUUCGUUUUUUUCCCUUUUUCUUGGAUUUUUUCUUCGUUUUUUCUUUCUUUUCUUUUCCAGUUUUAAUUCAUUUCCCUUGCAUAACUCCUCUCACCGAUUUUACGUUUUCAUUUUUUUUUACGUCGCCUUCAUUCUUCCUUGCAGUCUUUCUUUUUCUUUUUUUCGUUUUCUUCUUUUUUCGUCGCUUCCUUCAUUAUUUGUCGCUUUCUUCUUUAUUCGCUUUCUGUUUCUUCUUUUUUUGUCCUUUUAAUUUUUAUCGCUUUCUUCUUUUUUUCGAAACCUUCUUCUUUUUCGUCGUUUUCUUCUUUUUUUUUUCGGUUUUUCUUUUUUCCUUGCUUUCUUCUUUUUUGUCGGUGUCUUCUCGUUUAUCGACUCUUUCUUUUUUUUCGCUGUUUUCUUCAUUCCUUUCGCCCUUUCCCCGCCUUAUUUUUAUUUCAUCCUAUUUCUUAGCCAUCUUAGUUUCCAUCUUUUCUUCCUUCCUUUCUUUCUCUUCUGUUUUUCCUUCUUUUCCCGUCACUCGAUUUUCGCCUGUCUCUCUCCCUCUCUCUUCUCCUCUCUAUUGGUCUUUCUCUCUAUGCGUCUCACGAUUCGUUUUUCUCUCUACUUCUCUCUGCAUCCGUCUGUUUAUCUCUCUCACUAUCUCUCUCUGUCCGUCUCUCUCUAAUUGUCCGACGCUGACACACACUCUCUCUCUCUCUCUCUCUCUCUCUCUCUCUCUUUCUCUGUCUUUCUCUAUUUCUCAUUUUCUCUAUCCGUCUCUCACUCACUCUAUCCGUCUCUCACGCUCUUCCCCUUCUUUCUCUAUCCGGCUCUCAUUAUUUACCCCACACACCGAGCCUUCUCUCCGUCACUCUAUCCCAUAUAUUAAUGGGCGGAGUGUACAUCUUAAAAUAAACACAUUAUAUAAUAUGUAUAAACGUAAAAAUGAAACUUUCGUGGCCUCUCCCUCCCUCCCCUGCCAGCCCUCUCUCUCUCUCUCUCUCUCUCUCUCUCUCUCUCUCUCUCACGCACUUUUCAUAUGCAUCUAUGUCUCAUUGUGA